AUGACUUCCAUAAUUAGGAACCUUAUUAGUGCUUAUAUGAUUUUUCAUAUAAUAAUUUCGAACUUAGUUUGUGAAGCUAGGUUAAUACGUGUUACACCAAGCUUUGUUGAAAGAAAAGGAACAGAAUUUGUGCUAAAUGGUUCACCUUUUUUGUUCAAUGGUUUUAAUUCUUAUUGGAUGAUGAAUGUAGCUUCUGAUCCAAAUGAAAGGUAUAAAGUUUCUAAUGUAUUUAGAGAGGCUUCAGCUGCGGGUCUAACUAUAUGUCGUACAUGGGCAUUUAGUGAUGGUGGUAAUCAAUCUUUACAAAUAUCACCUGGCAUAUACAAUGAGAAUGUAUUUCAGGCAUUAGAUUUUGUGAUAGGUGAAGCAAAAAAGAAUGGUGUGCGUUUGAUUUUGAGCUUGGUGAACAAUUACAAGGAUUUUGGAGGAAGGCCUCAAUAUGUGCAGUGGGCUAAUAGUAGUGGGGUUCAAGUCAAUAAUGAUGAUGACUUUUACACUAAUCCUAUUAUUAAGGGUUACUACAAAAACCAUGUUAAAAGUGUGCUGACCAGGAUCAACACAAUCACUAAAAUUACUUAUAAAGAUGAACCAACCAUCAUGGCUUGGGAACUAAUCAAUGAACCACGUUGCCAAGUUGAUUAUUCUGGCAAGACCAUUAACGCAUGGGUUGAGGAGAUGGCUCCAUAUGUGAAAUCUAUUGACAAAAAACAUUUAUUGGAGGUUGGAUUGGAAGGAUUCUAUGGAGAUUCCAUCUCAGAUAGGAAACAAUACAAUCCGGGCUUUCAAGUUGGCUCGGAUUUUGUUUCCAAUAAUCUCGUUAAGGAAAUUGACUUUGCAACAAUCCAUGCAUAUCCUGAUAGUUGGUUAACUGGACAAAAUGAUACCGUGCAAAUGGAAUUCAUGCAAAAAUGGAUGACGAGUCAUUUGGAAGAUUCAAGAACAAUUUUGAAGAAGCCAUUGGUGUUUACGGAAUUCGGAAAGUCGAAAAAUGAUCCAGGGUAUGAUAUAAAUUCUAGAGAUUCAUUCAUGAAUGCAGUUUAUUCAAGCAUCUAUGGUUUGGCACAAAAUGGAGGAACAUUUGCUGGGGGAUUAGUUUGGCAACUUUUGGAUGAAGGAAUGGAUUCAUAUAAUGAUGGAUAUGAAAUUGUUUUGACUCAAAAUUCUUCUACAAGUAAUGUUAUUAGUCAACAAUCUUCUAAAAUGAUUGCACUUGAGCAUACUUUGGGCAACAAGCACUGAAGAAGAAGAAGAAUUAAGAAUUUUUCAUUAC